AUGCGAGGCGCGAUCUACCCCGCCUGUCUGGCGCUCACUAUCGCCGCCUUCACCGCGCUUGGCCGGUCCUCCCGGCGGCCGGAGGUCGAAAACGCCACGCAGCAGAGCACCAACUUUGACGCGACCGGUGAUCCGGUGCCGCAGCAGCUCCUCGCGCUGACCGCGCGGCGCUCGACGGCCGACGCGGUGAGGACGCUCUCGCUCUGCGCGAUGCACGACGACAAACAGGGCCGCGCCUGCCGCGCCGCGCUGACCGUGUGGCUCUCUGAGGAGCAGCGGCUGAGCGAGGCGGAGCGCGCCGCGCCGGCGUUUGCCUCGCGGUUCCGCUUUGGCAGCUCGGCGCCCGUGCUCGGGCUGGCGGCGUGGAAGUGGUCGCUGCUCGGCGGCCUGCUCGUCGCGUACUUGCUGCGCGCGUACCUGGUCGUGCUCACGCUGUCUGUGGUGGUGCUCGCCGCGCGCCUCGUCGCCGCGACGGUGCAGGGCGCGCUGCUCACGCUCGCGCUCGGCGCGUACUGCGUGGCGGCGCUGCUCAAGAGCGCCGCCUCCGCCUACCUCACUCUCUCACAGCACACUCGCCGCCAGCGGAUCGAGGCGCGCCGAGGCGAGCCCGCUCCGGGAGGGGGCGAGCCCGACCUCGACCGGCAGCUCGCGCGGCAGGCGCGGUGCGGCUCGGGGACGAGCUACAAGGAGUGGCGUCAGACGGCGUCGCGGCGCGACGAGCUCUCAGGCGCGUCGGGCUGGCGCAAGGAUGACGCGGGGUGGGAGGCGGUCCACAAGCACGAGGAGCAGCUGCGCCGCGCGGCGAGGGAGAGCGGCACCGGCGGGGAGGCGCUCAUGUUUGCGCUGCAGCCGCUGAUGAAGCGGCCGGCCCACGCCGAGCCGGCAGUCGCGAUGGGGGGAGCGAGGCACGUGACGGAGCGGCACUCGCACAACCUGAGCGCGGCGCUGCGGAGGCUCGUCGAGCCGCCGCCCGAGGGGCUUCCCGCCCCGUCGGUGCCUCAGCUCGAGAAGCGGCUCUCUUUCCUGACUGCGUCCCAGCUGUCGGUCGGCCACACCGCGCUCUGCCUCUCGGGCGGCGGCGCGCUCGCCAUGUACCACAUGGGUGUGGUCAAGGCCCUCCUCGAGCAGCGCCUCCUCCCGCGCGUGAUCAGCGGCACCUCCGGCGGCUCGAUCGUCGCCGGCUUCCUCGCACAACGCACCGACGAAGAGAUGCUGGCCGACGUGUGCGUGCCGACCGUCUCGACCUGCCUGCCCGAGCGAUGGUUCCCGCCGCUGCACGAGCAAGUCCUCUCCUUUGUGCAGCACGGCUACCUCGUCAAGUCCUCCGACUUCGAGCGCACCGCCCGCGCCUACUACGGCGACAUGACCUUCGAGGAGGGCUUCCGCCGCUCGGGGAGGCGCGAGCGGCGCGGCCGAGCCGCCGGGCACGUCAACAUCUCGAUCGCCUCGUCGACGCGCGGCGGGCGCAGCGAAGGCCAGUCCGUCCUGCUGAACCACGUCACCACGCCAAACGUGCUCAUCUACUCCGCCGUCGCAGCCUCGUGCGCGCUGCCGGGCAUCAUGCGGCCGGCGACUCUGAUGGCGAAAGACAGCCGCGGCCGCAUCGUGCCGAUGGACCCGCCGGGCGCCCGAGCGUGCGAGGAGAAGCCAGCCCCCCGCGGGGUUGUCCACGACAUGUCCACCGCCCGCACCGCAGGCACCAAGUACGUGGACGGCUCUCUGCGGGCGGACCUGCCGCUGCACCGGCUCUCGCAGCUCUUCCACGUCUCGCAGCGCCGCGCCGCCCUCGCAGAGCCGCGCGAUCGGCGGCAGGGCGGUGGGCGCGAGGCGUUCGCAAGGGCCAUAGGCCAUCCUCUCGGAGGCUCGCUCACCAUCGUGCCGCGCCUCGACGCGCGCGACUGCAUCCACGGCGUCAUCAGCAACCCGUCCGUCGCCGACAUGCGCCGCCUCCGAGGCGAGGGGCGCCUUCCGCGGCACCGCUACCUCGACGAGGGGCGCCUCAAGACGUGGGAGGCGCUCCAGUGCAUCCAGCAGCUCCUCUCGCUCGAGAAGGCGGUCGAGGCGGCUCGCACCGACACGCAGCAGCAGCUCCACGCCGCGCGCGCCGCACGCGCCGCCUCCCUCACGCCCUCCUGCUCCUCCUCCCGCCUCGCCGCCGAGGGCGACGCCGCGGAGGAGCAGCCCGCGCCGCCCCCGCGCCCGUCGCCGCCGGCGCGACUGCCAAAGUCGUCGCUGCCCAAGGCGUCGAGCUGGGCGAACGGGCUGGACGGCCUCUCGACGGAGGAGUCGCGCCGCUCGGUCGAGCUCUUCCGCGACUCGCGCGCCCUCCUCGAGGAGCACUCGGACGGAGGGCCGUCGCCGCCGCAGCUGCCGCCGACCUCGAUGCCAGACGCCGCGUCGCCAGGGCUGAGGACGGUGCUCCCGACGCUCUGCCGCGCGGCAUUCUCGCCGAGGAAGGGCGUCGACGGCGACCGCAACUCGGAGGCGUGGAAGAGCUGCGACAGCUGACGGACCCGUCCCCUAUCCGCGGGAAGGU